AGCACCACAUUAGCUCUGUUCAAUGUUGCCAAGAUAGCUGAGGAUGGCAGCAAUUGGAUAACCUACAAGGAGAGAACAUUAAUGGCAAUUGGUGUACAAGGAUUGAUGUUGUACGCAGAUGGUUGUGCAGUUAGACCUGUCCCAUUUGUCAUAGACAAGGACACAAGCAUGGUCACCAAACCAGAUGGCACCACAGUUAUGCAGGCAGAGAUUGAUGUUCUCGAUAAAACAAUAGAUGAAUUCUAUCAAAAAGACUCACUUGUAAGGUAG